AUGGACGAACCCGACCUCCAGUGCAUCAUCUGCACUAAGCGACCUCAAUUCUGUGACCUGUCUCACCUACUGACCCAUGUGGCCUCCAAAGCUCAUCUGGCCAGUCAAUUCGGCCUGAAGGUCCGCAGCACCGCAAACCCCAAAGCAGCCGAGCUGUUGAAACGAUACGAUGACUGGUACGAAGCUCAUAACCUCGGUCCACUGCUGUCCCUUCGCCUGCAUUCCAAGGAACAACGCAAGAAGAGAAAGUCAGAGGAGAAGACUCCAAAUGUUUCCAAAAGCCAACCCAGAAUCAAACAAGAAUCCACCUUGGAGCCAGUUGGCUUCAGCACUCCUGCCGCCCUUCCGGUUUCUGAUUGUAUCGAUCCACGCUUGGCUGGUACAUACAAUAGCCAACAGAAGAAAGAUGCAGACUCUCCUGCUACACCAAUCCGCUGGACUGCUGUGAACAGCAAUGAGAGAACUCGCACAGGGCCAAUCCUCCGGUCGGUGCGAACAUCUAUGGACCAACACUCGACUGAGACUUUCCCGCCCAACGGAUCUGAAUUGGGAAACAACAAGCUUUCGGUGUACCCUGUGACGCCAGUACAGCCCCGACGCAAGAGGAAGGCCGACGAUAUGGACUGGGCUAUGGGUCAGGAGACCCCAAACCCCUCCAUCGACUCUGCUGAUCGCACUCGGUCAUCGGGCAUAACUGGAUCUCGGGCAGAGGAAAUUGCAAGACUCAAAGGCGUUCUUUGGCCCGGCAUGGAUUGUUUUGAUGCAGCCACUGAGGCUAUGCGUCGCCGGCGCAAUCAGAAAAAGGAUGGCACUGUGCUAAAGCAGAUGGAAAUCACAUCUAUGAUCAUUGAGCCUAGCGAGCUGAUCUUCUCUCCCUCGGGCAAAUUUCUCAAAGAACGUGUGAUCACUGGCAAUGUCGAGGAGGACACCCCAUUAAAGGGAGAAACCCCGGUUCCUCGCCGGCGCCAAGCUCGCCCCCGGGUUCCGCUGGCUCGUGCUGAUCCUAACGUGCCUCGCGCUGCGGACAGAAAGCGACAGAGAUCUGCUGUAUUCAAUCGACGCAAAAUUACUAGCGAGGUUUCAAUUAAGGAAGACUACAAAUCACCCCGUCGUUCUCGCCGUGUGGCAGAUCCCAUCCCAACUCACGCUAGCUAUGAUGGGGAAUUCGAGAUGUCUGUCAACACAUUUGGGGAGCGAGCGAGGGGUGGCUUCAACGUGUUUGCUGAUGGCGAGGGAGGCAAACACACUUACCUGGGCCAGGACAUGGAAUCGAAGGGACAAUUUGGCACGUUGACUCCCACCCGCCUACUCUUAGACAACAAGUCAAAUGCUUCUGGAAUUCGUGCCUCGAAGGCUACGCAUACAUCAGCUAACAAGGAGAACAUCGAGCCUAUUUUGAAUGCUCAGGGCAGAAUUGGCUUUGGCCUUGGUCCACACGGCUGGUACUCUCCAUUCGCCAAGCGCACUGGCCCUGAUGAACUCGGCACUCUGUACUUUGAUGAGCCGUCUUUGCUUGGACUCAGCGGUCCUUUUAAUGGCAAUCUCAAGUCUGGAUACCGAUCCAACCCUUUGUUUGCUCCCAAGCCCCCGGCCUAUGACAACCCGUUCAAGCAGGAGGAUAAUGAAGCAAACCACGAUGGAUGGUCGUCAAUCCUGAAAGCUCCUGCAUCUGAGGAGACAAUUUCGGAGGAGAAUUUGGAAUUUCCCGGGCUUUAUCAGGUUACUUGCGCCGACUAA